GAAUAGGUUUUCGAAUUUGAAAAUUUUAACGCUUACUCGAAGUUUGCUUUGCUAGUCUGGACAGUACAUACACCUUGAUAGUCUUUUACCGAUUGGCAAUGAGAAUAUUCAUUUAGUUGUAUAGCUAGUUGAUUAUUAACUUUUCGAUUAUAAUAUUUUUAGACGUUUGUUGAGUUUAAUUAAAUUUGCUCCUGUUGGAUUUGUAGAAUUUUUUCCCGUACUAAUCUCUUGCGCAUUUGCACGAAAACGUGAGAAUACGGAUUUGUGCUUUAUUAAUCGUAUGCUUAUUCACAUUGAUCAACAGAGAUAAGACGAUUUUCAUUGUUAAUCCUGCAUUGGCACGUUUGCAAAAUUUUCUUUAUCGUAAAUGCAUGUCUGUUUGUGAAUUUUAAGCUCGGAAUCACGCUCGGAAUUAUUAAAUACUAGACGCGCAUGUUUGCAUCGAAACUAUAUUAUCAAAAGAAUGCACCUGCAUAUUUAAAAAAUAAAAGCAUUUAUUUACAAUGAAGCACGUUGGCAUAGCAAUGGCACGAUAUAGGAAUAGGUUCGUUGCAUGUUUCAUUUGACGUUUUAACUAGGCGCUUCGCAGCACGUUUGACGAAGUUUCGAUUAAUUCUUUAUCAAUAUGGACUUUUGGAAAUUAUUAAGAUGGCUGCCGGUGCGAGCGAUAAUCUGUGUGAUGAUGUUCACCGCCUGCUGGACGUCGUACAUGUGUCGCUUGCAAAUGCCGAUUCUUGCGGUGCCGAUGAUCGCUGCCGAAGUUAACAAUUCAUCGGUCUCGGGAGCGUGUGUCCAGGAACAUUCGGCCGACGUGGUAACUCCAAAACUAGCUGCUCUCUGGCGCAAUCCCGACGACGUUUUGCACGACAUCGUGGCCGGAGAGAUUUCCAGGAGUAAGAGACAAGCAGAUGAUAAGCUGAAUCCUGGACAAAGAGAGAUUGGCGAUCUCAUGAGUGGAAGGCCGUUCGAUUGGUCGCCGCAAGUUCGAGGUCAACUAUUAGCCGCCUACGCGUACGGCAACGUCCCUGGCAACUUGCUCGGCGGUAUAAUGUCGAUGCGCUUUGGUCCUCGCCAGACGAUCCUCUGGACGUCCCUAGUCGCCGCAAUAGCUUCUCUCUUGAGUCCCAUUCUUGCGAACAUCCACUGGGGUGCUUUACUGGGCACGCGAGUCCUGGUAGGCCUCACGGGCGGCGUCAUCUUCCCGGCCUGUCACACGAUGGUGGCCAAAUGGUCGCCACCCGAUGAGAAAGCACGAUUCGUUUGGUCUCUAUUGGGAGGAACCUUCGGCACAAUCUUAACUUAUCCAAUGAUCGCCGGCAUUGCUGAUCACGUUAACUGGGAGUGCGGCUGGUACAUCCCAUCGGCCUUGAUGCUCGUCUGGGUGUUCUUCUGGUACCUUCUGGCGUACGACUCGCCACUAGAGCAUCCAGCCAUCACCGAGGAGGAGAAGAACUUUAUCAUAACGUCGCAAGCUGGUACUGUGCGAUCGGAGAAGCCAUCACUGAAGGAGACCCCACUCGGGCAAAUCUUCAGCUCGGUGCCGUUCCUCUCGCUGGUGGUCUGCCACUUUGGCAACCUCUUCCUGCUGUUCUUCUACCAAAACUCGAUGAUGCUAUAUCUGACGAAGGCGCUGGGCUUCCAGUUGACCAAGGGUGGAUUUCUUGCCUCGUUGCCCUGGCUCGGACGCAUGGUCUUCGGCUUCUUCUUCAGCUGGGCUGGUGACACCGUCAAGAAGCGUCAGAUCAUCUCGCUCACGGCCUUCCGCAAAUGCGCCACUAUUUUCUCUCACUUUCUGCCGGGCAUCUGUCUGAUCGUCGUCGGCUAUGUUGGCUGCUCGUUCACACUGGCCAACGUCUUUCUCUUUCUGGCGCUGGGCUUCAACGGCGCCGCGAGUAUCGCCAACUUGUCGAACAACCAGGACCUCUCGCCAAACUACGCAGGUUUCCUCUACGGCAUCAUGAACACCAUAGGAACCACCACCGGCAUGAUCAUACCGCCGAUGGUCGAGGCCAUAGCCGGCAAAUACGGAAAUCCCAUCGAUAAGUGGCAAAUCGUGUUUUGGAUCGGUGCUGCCGUAUGCAUUUUCUGCAUGAUUGUCUUCAUUAUUGGUGGAAGCGCCAAAAUACAAAGCUGGAAUGAGCCAAGACAAAGAGACGCGAAGAAUGCUACAAGUGCCAACGCAUAGUAAACAAGUCAUUUCGGACAUUGACGAGCGUGUAAAUUACUUUGCAUUGUGAUAGAUAAAAGCACGCCUUCUGCGUUUUUAUACACGUAUAAAAAUAACUGACUGCAUACCAAAGGAAUGUGAUACGAAUUAAAUUAGUAUAACGAACGUUUUAAAAUGAAGAUUGACGUGAUUGACCUAUUUGUUGUGCUACGUAAAGUGUAAUAAGAACUGUAAAAUUUAAAAGAUCUGAUAGUUUUAUUAAUUUUCACGAAUUGUCUUAUAAAAUAUUUGUUACAAUAACUGCUUUGCAGCUGUUUUAAAUCGCAGCUUUCUAAGAAUAAUUUUUAAACAAUGACUUCUGAGUCUUACAAUUUUAAUAAUAAAUAACAUUGAAAUAAUUUUCAUAAAUAACCGUGCUGCAGCCUGUAUGUACAUUUUUAUUUAAUCAGAAUCGAUUAAAAUGUUAGUGGAGAACUUGAAAGAUGAAAAUAUUUUUAAUGGUUUUACGCUUGAAUUUUCAAUGCUUUUACUAUACAAGCUUUUUGUUUUUACAUUGACGGUUUAGAGAGAAGACUGUCAUUCAAACAUCAAACUUGUAUAAUUGAAACAUAAUGAAACUUAUUCUAUGAGAUAGAACCUAUUUACAAUACCGGUGGUUUUUUCAUCGUCGAUUAAUCUUAGAAUAUAAAAUACAAAUUUUAAUCAAACGUUGUACCACAGCACUAAAUAUUCCAAAGUUUUUAUUUUACGGGCCAGAAAUGAACUCAUUAUGUGUCGAAAAUCAAUUUUGUCAGUGUUACUUGGAAUAUUUUUCAUUUUGAAAAACGUUAACGCAAUAAAUAAAAAAAAAAGAA